AAGGCACGCGCGGCGCCGCAGCCUCGCCCGCACGCGGAGGGGCUCCGCCCUCCCCCCAGGGGUUGUUUGCCUCAAGUCCCGGCAGAGGACACGUGUAAGCACGUUCCCGCCCUUGUCAUCUCAUCCCAUGUCAUAGCCCCUCCCCCGGGCCUGGGACCCCCGGCCCCAUUAUUCCUGGGCCCAACCCCGCGGUCCCGGGCGGGUCUCCUCCGCCCGCCCGUCUGCUCGGCCGCGAGCCGCGGUCCAGACCUCCGCAGAGGACACUCGGCAGUGCGUUCUCACUCUUGCGACCUCAUUCCCCUGCCUAGCUCCACCCAGGCCUUGGAAUCCCGGUCCCCGACGACCCAUUGUCCCCGCGUUGACCGCAGGCUUGGCCCUCGCCCCUGACCGGCGUGUCUCCCCCGGCAACGCGCAGCGACCCACGAUGCAGCCCUCAGCUUGGGCGGCCGCGAGGGAGGCGGCGAACCGUGACAUGCUGGCCGCCGACCUCCGGUGCAGCCUCUUCGCCUCGGCCCUGCAGAGCUACAAGCGCGACUCGGUGCUGCGGCCCUUCCCCGCGUCCUACGCCCGCCACGACUGUAAGGAUUUUGAGGCUCUGACAUCCUUGUUUGGAGAGGGGACCUACCUCACAAGUGACUUGAGCCUUGCCCUCAUUUACAGUCCCCAUGGCCACGGGUGGCAGCACAGCCUCCUUGGCCCUAUCCUCAGCUGUGUGGCCGUGUGUGAGGUCAUAGACCAUCCAGAUGUCAAGUGCCAAACCAAGAAGAAGGAUUCCAAGGAGAUAGAUCGCAGAAGAGCAAGAAUUAAACAUAGUGAAGGGGGGGACAUCCCUCCAAAGUACUUUGUGGUCACCAAUAACCAGCUCCUGCGAGUGAAGUACCUGCUGGUGUAUUCGCAGAAGCAGCCCAAGAGGGCUUCAAGCCAGGUCUCCUGGUUUUCUAGCCAUUGGUUUACGGUCAUGAUAUCCCUGUAUCUGCUGCUGCUGCUCAUAGUGAGUGUCAUCAACUCCUCUGCUUUCCAGCACUUCUGGAAUCGUGCGAAGAGAUAAUCUUUCUGAGCCUGGUAUGGGGGCCACCUCAACUAUGUGCCUUAUGAUAACUUGUUCUGUACCUCCUGUGCCUCAUGUCCAGCCAGGUGCAGCCUGGGGGCAGUUGGGGGAACCACAAGUCAAUUUUCGUAUGCCAUAAAGUAUUGAUUGCCUUUGAUGAUGCUCCCAGCCACACUCCAGUCAACAGGGACCAUUGGUCCCUCACACUUAGGUUUUGGGGGAGCCCUCCCAUCUGCUCCUUCCUAACCAGUCCUAGGGAGUUGGCUUUUCAGCCAAGGCCAAAGGAAAAAGUCCUGCUGCAUUUGAAAACAAAGUGUCCAGGCUGUCAGUGGUGUGUUUACAAUCGCUCCUGGCGGAGUUUGGCCCUUUCUCUAAUGCCUUCUGGAAGGCGGAAAAUGUGGGGACUAUAAAUCACUAGGCGGUUGCCUUGUUUUGACUUGCGACACCCAAGAGGAACAGUCAUGUUUCUCAUAAAAAUCAUUGGGGUCAUUUUUGAAUUCCAUCAGCUUUUGUAUGUGAGUGCAAAACAUUUCAACAGUUUUCUCAAAUCAACAAACAGCCUCCUGCUACAGCUGUACCUCCCCGCUCAUUCUCUGACAAACUGUGGAUAAGAAAGGAGUCAGGGGUCUGAUAAAAAAUACAGAUUUAAUAAUGAACAACUCAAGUCAUCUUUUUCUAAAAAAUUGCCAACUGCUGAUUACAGCUGAAAUGGAACCAAAUAUUUGUUUUCUGAUUUUUUUUUAAAUAGCUGUUUGACAAAUUAGUCUUUGUGAGCUGAGUAAAAGGGGAAAUUUCUAAACCUAGAGCACUAUUUGGCCAAUGUCCACAGCCUCUUUCCUGGCUGUGUUUUAGAGAAAGGGAUUUGAGCAGUAGGCUCGCCUCCUGUUCUCAUUCUCACGAAGCUGCCUUGCCUGUGGCCUGCCAGCCAUGAGUGCCAUGCUGCAGGCCUGUGGUGGUCUGCUGGCCUUUGAGACAGAGGCCUGGCUCGGUGUGCCAUAGACCUGCACGGGUAGAGCCUCCUUCAGAGGAGUCAUAGGUCUUUGGGACUCAUCCAGGGCUUUAAUGUGUAGGAAAAGCCUUUGGCCACCCAGAGAGCUGCAGCCCUACUUGUAUUCUCUGCUCCUUUUUUCCUGCUGGGUUUCAGCCAUAUGGGGCCCUGUAUGAUUUGGGGGUGAGAUUUCCAUAAAGAAGGGGAAAAAAAUCAUUUUUCUAUAAUUUGUAAAGUUGUGGAAAGCCACUAUCACGGUUUUUAUAUUGAAUAUUAGAACAUUUCAAAAAUAAUAAAGAUAUUUUCCUAAUUA